AUGGAGAUGGCUCUCCGGGCGCAGAGCCCGCUCUGCUCCCGGAGCCGCCCGGUGCUCCUCGUGCGGCCUGCCAGCGCCGCCGCCGUCCCUUGCCUCGCGCAGUCUAUCGUCAAGUGCAGCAGAUUUACAAGAAGCAGGCUCGUUCGGUGCAUGGUAGCAAGCUCAGAUUAUCCCAAGAGGAAUCCGAGGAGAUCAUCAGCUCCUAAGCCCAAGGGCACUGCCUCCAGAGAAUAUGCUCCAAGACCUUCUGCCGAAUCUUGGACCUCCACGAAGAAGACUGAACAUAGCAGCGCUGAUGAAGACGGUGAUCUUGGCGCAAGCAAUGGGACGCUCAGUAGUGACACAGCAGAGCAGACAAGUACCGCAGAGGAAGAAUAUGAGGUGGAAUUCUCAGGAAAUGUUUCUAGCAGCGUGGAGCUGAAGGGUGUGAACGAGGAAGAGGUUGACCAAAAGCAGCCUCCUGCAUUGUCUUCCACAUCCAUGGAUGCUGAGUCUGUUAAUGAAGCAACAGAGCACACAAGUACCGCAGAUGAAUCAUCUGAGGUUGACUUCUCAGGAAAUGUUUCUAGCAGCGUGGUGCUGGAGGUAGUAGAUGAAUCUGAGACUGAAGAAGAGGCUGACCAGAAGCAGUCAUCAGCAUCUUCCACCUCCAUGGAUGUUGAGUCAAUUGACAGAGAACUUGAGGGGUACCGUGUCAGAAUAAGUGCACUGGUGGGUGCUAGCACCCAAGGACAGGACCAAUCAAUUAUUGGUGUUCAUGAACAAGACAAAUCGGUAAUUACUUCCGAUGAGCAAGACAUAUCAGCUGUUGAUGUUCCUGAACAAAGCCAGUCAGUUGUUGCUGUCACCAGAGAAGAUACAACAGAACAAACCACCAGCGAACAGGAUAUCACUGAAGCGGUAGUAGAGGAGAUAGCCAGCAAGAAUCUCGUGGCAAGAAAACAUUCUUCAUCAGAAGAUGGCGUUGGGGCAAGGAAACAUGCCAAUGAAGAGCCAUUGGUUGCUGGUGAUGAACUGAGGGUAACAGAGGAUGAAGAACAACAUGAACCAGAGAUGCAAGAACAGGUAAAGAUGGAUGUUGAUCCUCAAGCACUAAAGCGAAGGCUUGAAGAGCUUGCAGAUAAAAAUUAUUCGAUUGGGAAUAAGUGUUUUGUUUUUCCUGAAUUAGUGGAAGCUGAUUCAGUUAUUGAUCUUUACUUAAAUCGUAGCAUGUCGGCCUUAGCAAAUGAGCCUGAUAUCCUUAUCAAAGGGGCAUUCAAUGGUUGGAGAUGGAACCAUUUCACUGAAAAAUUGCAUAGAAGUGAAUUAACAGGGGAUUGGUGGUGUUGUAAGCUCUACCUACCCAAGCAGGCAUACAGAUUAGACUUUGUGUUCUUUAAUGGUGACACUGUCUAUGAAAACAACAGUUAUAAUGAUUUCGUCCUGCAUAUAGAAAGUGACAUUGAUGAACACUCAUUUGAGGACUUCUUGCUUGAAGAAAAGCAAAGGGAACUUGAAAGGCUUGCUGCAGAAGAAGCUGAAAGGGAAAGACAAGCCGAGGAGGAGCGCCGGAAGGAGGAAGAAAGGGCCGCAAUGGAGGCUGACAGGGCACAGGCAAAAGCUGAGGUUGAGACGACGAGGAAUAAAUUGCAGCAUGUGUUGGGUUUAGCCAGCAGAUAUGCCGAUAAUCUAUGGUAUAUACAGCCUAGCACAUACAAAGGAGGGGAUAGGGUCAGAUUGUACUAUAAUCGAAGCUCGAGACCACUAAAGCAUAAAAAUGAGAUUUGGUUGCAUGGGGGUUACAAUAACUGGACUGAUGGGCCCUCUAUUGUUGAGAGACUAGUCAAAUCUGAAGAAAAGGAUGGUGAUUGGUGGUAUGCAAAUGUUACUCUACCUGAAAGCGCAUUGGUGUUGGACUGGGUUUUUGCUGAUGGAUCACCUGGGAACGCAAGCAAGUAUGAUAACAAUGGGAAGCAAGAUUUUCAUGCUGCCGUUUCAAAGAGCAUAUCCGAUGACUUGUUUUGGGUGGAAGAAGAACGUAGGAUAUUUGAAAGGCUUCAGCGAGAAAGAAAAGAAAAGGAGGAUGCUUGUCGGAGAAAGGCUGAGAUAACUGCAAGGAUGAAAGCUGACAUGAAGGAGAAGACUAUGAGAGAGUUUCUUCUCUCACAGAAACACAUUGUGUAUACUGAGCCACUUGAAGUACGUGCAGGAACCACAGUUGAUGUUCUAUACAAUCCUUCUAACACAGUACUGAAUGGAAGUCCAGAAGUUUGGUUCAGAUGUUCCUUUAACCGUUGGACUCAUCCAAGUGGUCCUUUGCCGCCCCAAAAGAUGGUGAAUGCAGAAAAUGGUUCACACUUACAAGCUACAGUUAGGGUUCCUUUGGAUGCAUAUAUGAUGGACUUUGUUUUCUCUGAAUCGGAAGAAGGUGGGAUAUAUGACAACCGGGAUGGGAUGGACUAUCAUAUUCCUGUGUCUGAUUCCAUGGCAAAGGAACCACCUAUGCAUAUUGUGCACAUUGCAGUAGAAAUGGCUCCUAUUGCAAAGGUCGGGGGCCUCGGUGAUGUUGUUACUAGUCUUUCACGAGCUAUUCAAGAUUUAGGCCACAAGGUUGAGGUUAUUUUUCCAAAGUAUGACUGUUUAAACCUAAGCAAUGUGAAGGAUUUACAUUGCCGUCAAAGUUUUACUUGGGGUGGUACAGAGAUAAAAAUAUGGUUUGGAAAGGUUGAAGGCAUCUCUGUUUAUUUCUUGGAACCGCAGAAUGGGAUGUUUUGGGUUGGAUGUGUCUAUGGAAAGAACGAUGAAAGUAGAUUUGGCUUCUUUUGUCAUUCUGCCCUGGAGUUUCUUCUCCAGAGUGGCUCUUCUCCAGAUAUCAUACACUGUCAUGAUUGGUCAAGUGCUCCAGUUGCUUGGCUGUACAAGCAACAGUAUGUUCAUAAUGGGCUGCCAAAUGGUCGGGUUGUAUUUACCAUCCACAAUCUUGAAUUUGGGGUACAUCACAUCGGCAAAGCAAUGGCACAUUGUGAUAAGGCUACAACUGUUUCGUACACAUAUUCGAAGGAAGUGUCUGGACAUGGUUCUAUUGCUCCUCAUUAUUUCAAAUUCCAUGGCAUUCGUAAUGGAAUUGAUUCUGAUAUUUGGGAUCCCUAUAAUGACAACUUCAUCCCGGUCCAUUAUACUUCUGAGAAUGUUGUUGAGGGUAAGAGUUCUGCAAAAAGGGCAUUGCAGGAGAAGCUUGGAUUACAUCAAACUGAUUCCCCUCUAGUUGGAAUCAUCAGUCGGCUUACAGCCCAGAAGGGAAUUCACCUUAUCAAACAUGCAAUUUAUCGAACCCUUGAACGCAAUGGACAGGUGGUUUUACUAGGCUCAGCUCCAGAUCAUCGCAUACAAGGUGACUUUAGCAACUUAGCUGCUAAACUGCAUGGUGAAUUUGAUGGUCGUGUGAAGCUUUGUUUAACUUAUGACGAGCCACUAUCACAUUUAAUAUAUGCUGGCGCCGACUUCAUUCUUGUGCCUUCCAUUUUCGAACCUUGUGGUUUAACACAGCUUACUGCUAUGCGAUAUGGAUCCAUCCCAAUUGUUCGGAAAACUGGAGGCCUUUAUGAUACCGUUUUUGAUGUGGACGAUGAUAAGGAUCGGGCCCGUGAACAAGGCCUUGAGCCGAACGGAUUCAGCUUCGAAGGAGCUGACAGCAAUGGCGUAGAUUAUGCUCUCGACAGGGCGAUCACCACAUGGUACGACGCUCGCGACUGGUUUCACUCCCUCUGCAAGCGGGUCAUGGAGCAGGAUUGGUCCUGGAACCGGCCUGCUCUGGACUACAUGGAACUGUACCAUUCCGCGCGCAAGAACUGA